AUGGUUCUGACCGCGCUGACCCAGUUUAGUUGCAAGGUGAAUGUUGACGACACCAUUGAAAUGUUACCAAAAUCAAGAAGAGCUCUCACCAUUCAAGAGAUUGCUGCAUUAGCACGAUCCUCCCUGCAUGGUAUUUCCCAGGUGGUGAAGGACCAUGUGACAAAGCCCACAGCCAUGGCUCAGGGCAGAGUAGCCCAUCUCAUAGAGUGGAAAGGCUGGUGUAAGCCUAUCGACACUCCAGCAGCCCUGGAAUCAGACUUCAAUUCAUACUCCGACCUCACUGAGGGUGAACAGGAGGCGCGCUUUGCUGCUGGUGUGGCUGAGCAGUUUGCCAUAGCAGAGGCCAAGCUGAGGGCCUGGUCGUCUGUGGAUGGAGACGAGUCCAACGAUGACUCAUAUGAUGAAGACUUUCUGCCUGUCAACGAGCCCACCACACAGAGCACAGAUGUGCCAUCAUAUCCUCCCUACUUGAAGGACCUGAUCCACAGCCAGCUUUGCCAACACCUGGGCCUGCGAGGACCCUGUUGUGAGGGUGUAGGAGGUGGAGGUGGAGGCGGAGGAGGAGGAGGAGGAGGAGAGGGAGGUGGCAGUGGAGAGCCCUCUCCCACAGCAGGCUCACCAGACACCCUCUGCUCUAGCCUCUGCAGCCUGGAUGAGCAUCACCCGCUGCUGCGUGACCUGGGCGGCCAUCGCGGCCACUCUCACAGCAACGCCGCUGAACUCGCCGCCAAGAUCCUGUCGGCGCUGCAGGGAGGCGAGGAGAUGCUGCUGGCCCGACUCCAGAGGGUGGGGCAGGCCGGGUCCGGCGGGGGCGGACGGGGCAUCAGGCCCUGCGGAGGUCAGGACUCUCCUUGCUACUCCAUGUCUUACUCUGAGACGUACCUGUCACCCGGCGAGGAUGACGAUACCCCCUGCAAGGACUAUGAGAGCACCGUGUGCCAGGUGGAGGCAGGGGGCAACGGGUUGGCGUACCCGCCCAACUACGACCCGCGCAGGAGGGUCUCCGACGUGGCCUCCUCUGGGGUCGUAUCACUCGAUGAGGAGGAUGAAGAGGAGGAGGAGGAGGAGGAGGAGGAAAGGGUGGGAGAGCCAAACAACCAAUGA